CUGAUAACGUUUCCGGUGUCGCCACCUUCUUUGUCUCCGGCCCAAUAUUUCGACACCGGGGGUUGUCUAUUUUUUCCUGUAGUUUUGAGGAUAUAUUUAUACAUAUAUCCCUAGUUUUCUGAUAUUGAAUGACAGUCGACUCUGAAAUAUUUAUGCCUAAAAGUAAAGCGCCAAAAAUGGAUGACCUGGACUACAUCCCAGUAGACCUGAGCCCAGAGGAGCGCUCUGAGCUGGAGGACAUCCGCAGGAGGAAGGGCGUCCUGCUGCAGGAGAUCCAGAGGCUCAGAGAGGAGCUAAGAGAGGCAAUUUUGGAAGUGGAGGGACUGGAGACCAGCACAGAGGGCAGCAAAACUCUACAGAAAAGUAGACAUGUGGCAAUGGGAAGGAAAAAAUUCAAUAUGGACCCUAAAAAGGGCAUUGUGUUUCUAGUGGAGAACGAACUGCUCAGACACACACCAGAAGACAUUGCUCAGUUUCUCUACAAAGGAGAGGGCCUCAACAAGACUGCUAUAGGGGAUUACCUUGGAGAAAGAGAUGACUUCAACAUCAAAGUUCUUCAGGCUUUCGUUGACCUCCAUGAGUUCACUGAUCUCAACCUCGUCCAGGCCCUCAGACAGUUCCUGUGGAGUUUCCGUUUGCCUGGUGAAGCUCAGAAGAUUGACAGAAUGAUGGAGGCCUUUGCUCAGAGAUACUGCCACUGCAACCCCGGUGUCUUCCAGAGCACUGACACAUGUUACGUGUUGUCAUUUGCCAUCAUUAUGCUGAACACAAGCCUUCAUAACCCAAAUGUGAGGGACAAACCUGGAGUGGACCGUUUUAUCUCAAUGAACCGAGGCAUCAACGAGGGGGGAGACCUGCCUGAGGAGCUGCUCAGAAAUCUCUAUGAGAGCAUUAAAAACGAGCCCUUCAAGAUCCCUGAGGAUGACGGCAAUGACCUGACACACACCUUCUUCAACCCAGACAGAGAGGGCUGGCUUCUUAAACUUGGGGGACGAGUGAAAACCUGGAAACGGCGAUGGUUUAUUCUCACAGACAACUGCCUUUAUUACUUUGAAUACACCACAGAUAAGGAGCCGCGAGGUAUCAUUCCCUUGGAAAACCUUAGCAUCCGUGAGGUAGAAGACCCAAGGAAACCUAAUUGCUUUGAGCUGUACAUCCCCAACAACCGUGGUCAGCUGAUUAAGGCAUGUAAGACGGAGGCUGAUGGGAGAGUAGUAGAAGGAAACCACAUGGUGUAUCGUAUCUCCGCCCCCACACCUGAGGAGAAGGACGAAUGGAUCCACAGCAUCAAAUCUGCUGUCAGUGUCGACCCCUUCUACGAAAUGCUUGCUGCCAGGAAGAAACGUAUAUCGCUGAAGAAGAAGGAGGAACAACCGUAAACGAUUGCCUCCAUUUUCUCCCUGUCUUCCUUUGUCGUUCUCCUGUCUCCUUCCAGCACUGGACAUCCCUGCUCCGUACUACCUGUUCAUAAGUUUGGGUACAUCUUGUUUCUUGUCCCUUGACGCACCCUCAUCUGACUCCUUCCUAUCCUGUCUACCAGACUGUUGAAAGCCACAUUCAGAGUGAAGAGCUCACAUACUGUGGCUGCCUCUUCUUCUUUUGGUUCUUACACCACCGCUGUUGUACACAGCCUGACACACUACAGCCAUAGCGCACUGUCUGUCUCGUCUUCUCACCACAUUCCUCUGUGACGCUUGUCUUAGACCAUAUUCACACUGAUUUAACCACCCAUUUCCUGCUUUGGCCUUCCACACUUGGUCAGCUUCUCAGAUCUGCUAACUGAAUGUUGGACACAUUUGCAAACACUGUUAAAACUGAGAUUUUAAAGAUAUUAUGAUUGUUGUGUCCACAGGCGUCUGUGCAUCUUAAGUGAUUUCUGAGAAUUUUCUGCUUCUGUCCUCACAGUUGCAAACCACAUACAAAACUUUAAAAAAUACCAGGUAGUCUAUCAGCAGAAACGUGUAAGGCUGCUGGCUGUAUGUUUCUGUAUUCUCCUAGCAUCUCGAGAUGUACAGCAGACUUUUAAGACCACUGUGUGAAAAUACAGUGGUCUGAAAUCUUCUAAGCAGGCAUCUCUUUGUUAUCUUACCUGUGCAUUAGUGUGAAUAUGGUCUUAUUCAGUGUAGCAAGCCGCUUCAGUUCUUGUGAAGUCUUGUUUCACAUUUACUGGUGCUACUUAAAUGACAAAUCUUCUCUCUUGAUUGUGCUAACACCAGACAAAAUAUGAAGUUGCUAUUCGAACAUUUGAACAGAACACAGAACGCAGAUGAACAAAGCAGAUGAUAACCGAGAUGUGCCCACUGCUUUCUGUUGUACACUCAAUGGCUUUGAUACUCAUUACCACUACACUUUGAUACUCCAACCAUUAUGUGAGGAAAAUCACUGUCACUGACACUGGUGACACUAGUCAUAUAUCGCCAUGUUGCUCUUGAUUGUUCAAAUGUGGUCGAGUCUCGAGGCAGAACGUUCGCUUUUGGAGACGAAUGCAAGCAGCUUCUCUACUUCCAGACAGCUGCUUGUUUCCGCUCACUGAGUCCAUGUAUAUGUUCAUUAGCAUGUUUUUCUUAACAUGUUUGAGCAGCGGCAGAGAAAACUAGUCGAGUUUAGAAGCUUAACAAAUCCUUUAUCACACUAUACUGAGCAAUUGCUCAUCGUGUCCUCUCAGAUGUAAUGUCCUCGCAUGCCACAAAUCAUUUCCCUCCUGCUCAACACUAUAAGACAGACACAGACAUCUCUCUCACAGAUAACUGCAUCAGAUAUUUAACCGUUAGAGCCUGGUCUGUCCACUAUAGUAAGUUCCAAGAAAUCACAAAGGCAGCUCAUUACAAUGUAUACUUUUUUUGUAAAUAGAUGUUAGCAUAUUUGUUAUGAGACACAUAGAAAUGAAUUAAUUUAUUCUUUAUCUUUUGUUAAGAUCAGAUUUUUUUUUUUGUACGAGCUACUGUAGGACUGCAUGUUGAUAAACCGAGGCGUCAGUUGUAGGUAACUGCUGCGUCGCUGAUCAUGCUAGUGCACUGAUUUGGAAGGUGUUGGUGUUCCCUGUUGACUUGGAAAAUUUGCCUUUUUUAAAAUGGAAGUUGAUUUCUGCAUAGAGUAAAUUGUCUUAAUUGUAGUUUGAAAAUAAGGAUAUAUUUAGGAGAUGUACAGGAGUCUGGUUUAUCUCUUGACCACCCUGUUGGUUUUUGGAGUGAAACAAGACUCGUUAAAGCACAAGCAGUACUCGGCCUCACACUCUGUCAAACUAACAUGUAGUGUUCAUGUCAUCGACUGCUCAGUGUCCGCCUCAAGCAUGAGGACGAUAUUCACAAGUUCAAAAUAAAGUCAGACAAGGAACACUAACGAAAGCUUUGAUUCAUUAUGUAAUAGUAAAACAUAUUCAGAUGCAAUGAAUCAGUAACAAGUUUAGAUUUGUGUCCAGUGAUAGAUUUGCUUGACAUCCAGUUCAUAAACUUAUUUCUAGUAGUUUAUUGGAUUGGCAUUUUUAGAUGGUAGUAAAAAUAAUUGUCUGCUGCACUUUAUCAAUUUUAGCAUUUUUGAGAAAAUGCUGUUAUUUUAACUGACAGUACUCUGUAGCACCUCCUACUGGUGAUCCACACACACUGCAAUAUGCUGAAGGAUGAACCAUAAACUGUGUAGAAAUACUGUAUAACGCCCCCCACUGGUCAGUGCAGCUAUAGCAGCAGCUGUUUCGGACCAACACAUUCUAUAUUGAGCUCCAUUUGUUCACUUGAUAGAAGUCAUAUCACUGGGAGCUGGGGGGGGUCUUUUCUCUGUGAUCAGAACAUGUAGACCUUGUUUUAAAGACACAACAAGUGACUGGUCCUUCAAAUACAGAUGUAGUAUUGCCUUUUACUUUCCUUCUUCAAACUGACAAAGGCCUAACUUUAUAUCUCCCAUCUUAGUGCUUCUACACACUACAUGAACUGUCUGUAGGCCUUCAUUUUCUGGGUAUUCUUGAAGUGCAAAGUUGCCAAAAAUAAACUGUUGGGACAACAACUGUUUCCAUUCGAACAAAGAAUGAAUGAAUGCUUAAAUGAUCCGACUGAAACUGGGCCUCUGUGUCUGAUUCCUGCGACCCCAGAGCCACCUCUUUUCAGAAAGCCUGUUUAUUUUGUAUUUAUUUAUUUUAAUUUACUGUGGUGAAGGUGAAGGAUGGAUAGAUCAUCUGUAAAUGUAGCAAAAGGAAAACCACGAUACAUUGGUGCCAGUAAACUACUGUGUAACAAUAAAAGGCAAACAGAGA